ACAUGAAGCUCGCUGCUAGCUUUGCUGUCUUGGCCUUUGGCCUCUUCAACGCGGUCCGGGGUAACGCUGUUCCUUGGGAGCGCAUCGACAAGAACAACUCCAUGCUGCUCAUCCUCGACCUGCAAGUCGGCCUCUACCAGCUCGGCCGCGAUUGGGAAGCGACGCUCUAUCGAGAUAGCAUGAUGGCGCACGCCGAGCUCGGCAAGCUCUUCAACCUCCCUGUCGUCAUGACUACUUCAGCCCAGCGAGGUCCCAAUGGUCCGCUUCCCAAGGAGAUGCUGGCCAUGUAUCCUAACGCGCCGCUCAUUCAGCGCCAGGGUGAGGUCAACGCUUGGGAUAAUGCCGACUUCCGCGCCGCUGUCAAAGCCACGGGCAAGAAGCAAAUCAUCGUCGCUGGCAUCGUGACCGAUGUCUGCACUGCCUUCCUUGCUCUCUCGCUCCGCGCUGAAGGAUAUUCCGUCUUUGCCAACAUCGAAGCCUCUGGCACCACCACGCCGCUCAUCCGUGAUACUGCCAACUCGCGCAUGCAGCAAGCUGGUGUGCAACUCGUCUCGCUCUUUAGCAUCGUGUGCGACCUCAUGCGUGAUUGGAGGAAUACUCCCGGAGCCAAGGAAGUACUCCCUUAUUUGGAUAAGUAUAUGCCGGUCUACGGUAUGCUGGCGAGGGGUCAUGCUGCGGCGAUUGAGAACGGGACAGUCAUUCCGGGUGAAUUAGGGCUGAUUUACCUGUGAGGAUGAGAGGGUGGGAGCAGCACGUUGAUCGCUGGUCCAAAAAAUUGACUUUCCCGGCAUAUGUCGCCGGCCUGUUAGAGAACUGGAUAGAUACAUUACAGACUGCUUUGAACGACGUCG